UUUGAAUAACAAAACAACCAUAAUCGCCAACGCUACAUGAAACUUCACACUCCCUGAAAAACAUGUAUUUCAAGUCUCAUGUUCCGUUGAUAUCUAUGUUCGUUUUUUAAAAACAUUCUCCAAUUACGUCUACAAUCGCUUUUCGCGUGAGUUUGAGAUCGAGUAUGAAAUCGGCGUAAUUUCAUCUAGUAUAAUACAUACCAUCCGAUGGCAAUAAGAGCGAUUAUCAGAUAAGCAUCGAACGAAAAUGUCAAAAUUGCUGAAACAAGAUGAUUCAAAGUAUUUUUCAGUUUCAGAUUAUAAACCUCUUAUUACGUAUUCCGGAGACAGAGAUUUAUUCUUGAAUCUUGAACCUAUUAUAAUUCAAGCCUUGCCGCAAGAACCAACCGAAUGGAGGCGAUCUUUCGGUCGAAUUCUAAGAGCAGUGACGUUGAACGCCGUAUUUAUACCAUUCAGCGAGGAUAUUCUUCAGAAAGAAGAUAAUUAUCAGCUUUUAAAGGAGCCCAUAUUGCAUGUAUUUUGGACACAAUGCGCUGAUAUAGAUACGUACAAAAACGCUUUGCACGACGAAAUAAAAAACUGGUUGGAUGUUCUACACAGUCACAGCAUCUCGGAUUGGUUAAUUGUUCUGGUGGAAACGUACGAUUUCCGCAAACAUAACAAACUUUUACCUCGUACAACUGUUUUCGAUAGAAUAAAAAAUGACUUCGCAGUUAAACACGCCGACAGGUGUUUAGCGGUUAUAAAUCCGUUGAAAUCUGAAUUUCGUACCGGUUCAUCGUGGAGAGCUUUGGUUGUAAAUAUUCGACUUUUAAUCUUAACGUCUUACGAUCGUGCUUUAUUGAAACUAGAAGAGUACAUUCGCACUCAGAGGGAAUGUAGAAAUCAGCCAGAAUGGAAUUUUUGCAACUAUUUCUUAUUACAGGAAGAAUUAGCAUUUGUUUUAGAAAUGCUAGGUAUGUACGAGGAAGCGUUGAUCCAGUACGACGAAUUGGAUGCUUUAUUUACUCAGUUUAUUCGUAAUUCUAGUCUUACGGGCGCCCCGAAAUGGCUGCGAUCAUUUCAAAAUCCGGUCGAUAGUUGGUCCGGUAUCUUGUUGACUUGUAAAGUGAACCAAAAUUGUAGACUGAGUCUCCUUAGCCACAGCAUUUCGUUGUUGGAUUUCAGAUGUUAUUUAUUUUCCAGACAAGCGGCGAUGUUGUUGUUUACUUCUAAACCGUGGGAAAUUGCUCAUCGUACUUUACCAUUCAUUCAUAACUGCUUAAAUGAAAUAAAAAUUUUAGAAAUAGAAUACCCAAACGGAGCGAUCGCUUGUUGGAUUUUUUUGUGCUGCUUCGAAAUAAUCUUCAUGUGCCAAAAUUUCAACGAAACUGCUCAAGUGGACGCCUGCUCUCAAUUCACGGCGCCAUUACUCGAAUUGGCUACACUUAAGUUACGCGAGCUCGGCGAAUUGUGCGGUUUAAUGCCAAACUGUGAUCAAUCUAGCGAACAAUUACACAUUAUUGUAAGUUUAUUUUGCGGAAUUAGCGAGCCCGUCAAGUUAUCCAGUGCGAACAAUAUUACUCCCGUGGAUAAAUUAAAAGAGGCUCUUUCUUCGAAACAGGCCUACUAUAAAAGUUAUUUGGAGCUAUCUGAACAAGCUAUGGUUACUUAUAAACAUAAAGGACGUAUUAGGUCGGCGCGUUUCAUUGGAAAGCAAUUAGCUGAUUUUUAUAUACAACUUGGUGAUUUAUCUAAAGCGUCGACAUUCCUAACCAGCGUAUUAUGUUUGUAUGAAAUUGACGAGUGGCCGGUUCUAGCGAAUGAAAUUAGAUUGAAGCUCUUACAUUGUUAUAAAAAUAUGGAGGAAACAGAAAGAUACAUCAAAACUUGUAUCGCUAUCAUUUGCUCUCCUCAUUUCGAUGUCGAGUGCCGUCUAUCGUAUUUUGAAGAAAUUAAAACUUUGUUACAAGAGACGAAGAUAGAUGAUUCGGAAGAAUGGAUCGUGCCUUUGGAGGAAGGUUUUACGCUGAAUAGUAUCAGCGUUGAAGUACAGCAAACCGGUCUUCGAGUAUGCGCUAUUGUCGAUAUCGUAAACAAAUUUCCAUCGGAAAUAGUUUGCUCAAAUGUUUCGAUAUCGGUUUCACAUUGUACAAAUAACGAUAGCAAACAUAAAAAAAUUGCCGAAUUGGACUCGAAGAAUGUUCUGAUUAAGCAUUUUAAAAAUACGAAAAACACGCCCGCCAAAGUCCCGUUAAUUUAUAUGCUGGAAUAUCAACAAGACAAGAGUUUGGCAGCUGCAAAUGUUGUGUGUAGAAACAUCGAAAACCAUUUGAGACGUCAGGAUAGUCAAAAAAUUAAAAAUAUUACUUUACCUGAAAAAGUGAAAGACAGUAAAUAUUUGGAAUGCAAUAAUGUUAUCUUGAAGCCGGGAAAUAACACAGUUGCCUUACUUUCCAAGGAAGAAGAGAUGGCCGGAACAUAUAGUAUGGGACAAUUGAGCGUCAAUAUUUCUGAUAGACUGUAUUUUUUAACGGGUGCUAAUUUUCUCAAUAAAGUGAAGUAUAGCGUGAAACAUGUCUUACCGGAGAUUUCAUUGCAAGCCAAAAAUAAUCGUAUAUUAAUCGCCGGCAUCGAAUCGCUUGUUUCUUUGAACAUAUCAAAGGGAACUCAUACGAUGGAUGAGGAUCCGGUAUUAAUUUUACGAUCGUCAGACGGACUGAAAAUGAAUUUAGCCGAUCAAACAGAAUUGGAAGAUGAAAUUAAAAUCAAUCUGAACGAAUUUUGCGGGUCAAGUCAAAAUUAUUCCAUCGAUUUGAACGUUUGUUCCGCAUUUCCGUCUCAAACGGAUGGUUCGGUAAUCGUUCAUAAACUUUGGUUGAAAUAUCCGUGGGCGAGUGAAGAAGUUUGCCAGACCAUACAGUUUCACGUACCCUUUGUGGUUUUGAGUCGCAUACAUACGGCUAAAUUGAGAAAAUUUGUAUUAGUUACUGUAAAUGGGGCUACUGCUGAACGAGUCGUUUUGAAGAAUCCGUGUCUCACCAUCGCUCAGGAAAAUAUUUCAACUGCAAGUCUGAACCCGGUUUCUGCGCAACCCUUCAUUGUACAGAACCGAAUGAAUAUUACAUUCAUGUGGGAAUUAUUGGCGCAAAGCGCCAAUUUUGACGGUAAAUAUACUGUAAAAUUUUCCGUCGACUACGAGGUUUACGAGAAAACCAGUUCUUACGAGUGUGUGUGUUCAAUUUCGGAUUUUAAGACUUUGUACAUUAUCGAAUCGAAUAUCGAUCCGAUGAGGGGUUGCGAAUUUUGUCGCGUGAAUACCAUGUGCCAUUUAUUGUUUACCGUUAAACGCGUCGAAUCUACUCCUAAUUAUUCGCUGAUGUACGAAGUCGUAGCUGAUCAAAAUUUAUGGGCUAUCUGUAAUAUGUCUACGGGAGUUAUAAUACUUGACGGAACAGAUAAUUGUUCGAUUUCUGUCGAUUUAAUGCCUCUCAUCAGUGGAUAUUUGCCUUUACCACUGAUCAAACUUUCCAAAUAUUUUCCUGUCGAAGGAAGCGGUAGUAACAAGGGCAUGUCCCCCAGACACGAGCUUUUCCAUCACGGUCAAGUAUUUAAUGCGAGUAAAUCGAGCCAAGUACAAAUAUUACCUUCGAUUGUAGUCGCAGAUUCAUGAUGAAUAAUCAUCAAUUUAUCGUUUUGUUGUUUGUUGAUCCCUGCAAUACUGUUAUCUGUUCAUAGAACUGAAAAAGUAAGAUCUCUGAAAUUAUUUGGUUUAUAUAAUUUUUUCAUGUUAUUUCGUAUUAAUCUUUUAUUGUGUUAUUAAAUUAUCAAUAUUUAACGAUACGCUUUAGAACAUAAUAUGAUAUAAUACAUUUUUUAAUGAUACUGUUCGAAAAACUUCGUUUCCUUUUAUCCCAACUUUUUUUUUUUUGAAUUGAAUGGCUAACAUAAGUACAUAGAACAUUCGUUUAUAAAAUCGAAGAUAGAAAAAUAGAAAUUCCAUUAAAAUAAAAAGGGAUGUAACUUAAAGACGUUCCAUAGCAACGUAAGGUCGAUUGAGCUGCUCAUGUACGUCAGCGGGAUAUAAAAUAUCACUAAAAUCGAUGGUAUCGUCUCGACCCAUGAUAAUGUCCGAAGACAGAUUACUGCUAGCCAUGAAAGGCAAUCGUCCAACCUUCUUAUUGGCUCGUAAUUCCAUGGAAAUUCGUAGAGGCGCGUGAAUACCUUGUACAUUUCUUAGCAUAUUCAUAUUCAUCUCGUGCUUCGCGGAUAAAUACUGCGUAAUCAAAAAAGAAAAUGAUUCUUAAUCUAGAUAAUAACAAUAACCAACCAUACAAUGGAGUUACAAGAAGACACUUACGUUUUUCUCUUUCGACUCCAGAGGGUGAGCUCCAUGUACUGAAAAUUUCACGCAUUUAUUUUCCAGUCUAAAAAUUACACGGAAUCGCAAUAUAAAAAACAGUACGAUGAAAUAUACUACAGAAAUUGACAAUUCUUUACCUGUCCAGUGAGUUUCCUAAACCUUGGAUUCCAUCAUUUAAACAUUUUUGAGGCGCAAGAUUGGUUUUUGAUUCAAACGCUGACUGAUAACCGAACUGAAAAUACAAAAUUUAUAGUGAAACUAAUCGAAUUUAAACUGAAAUAUUAGGUGACACGAGAAACAGUAGAUUUGCACUUACCAUUCUGACACAAAAUAGAGCGAAUCUUAUUUAUCUACACAAAAAAAGAACUUGCGUUUUAUGUAAUUUCGAACGGUGAACCUUUUGGAUUUUUUAUAAAAGUAUGUCCAAGUGAAUAUAUUUUGAAAAAUACAAGCACUGAACAGAAAA